AUGGCGCCUUCGCAAGCUGGAUCUCCCCUCCCCCUUCUCUCCCUUCUCCUCCUGCUAACAGCUCCCCUUUUCCCCAUCGCUUCUUUCGCUAUGUCCCCUGUACCUCCGGGCAGCGACACCAAAGUUUCCCCGGUCACAAACCCCACCGGAGCGUACGAUCCAGACCGCUCGGGGGUUUCCACCGACUACGAGUGCACCAGUCCAAAUGGUACCUGGUCUUUGGUGACCAAGAGCUCGGGGGUUUCGGGAAUACACUGGGCGGUCACACCAAUCCACAAUACGCUGGUGCUGAUCGACCGGAGCGACAAGGACAAUAGUUACGUCAAGGACAAGAACGGCAAGCAGGCAGCCGCGGCGGUUCUGGACCUCGCGAAGCCGAGUCAGAAAGUGCGCGGCCUUGACGUCAUCGACAACACCUUCUGUUCCGCUGGCCAGUUCUGGCCCAACGGAACGCUGGUAAACACGGGGGGGUUCAAGACCAUCGACGGUAACACUGAGGCGUUUUACGCGGUGCGUUUCCUGGACCCGUGCGCGGCGGGGGACUCCUGCGAGUUUUACGAGUACCCAGGUGUGAGCAUGCUGGCCAAGCGCUGGUACCCGUCGGCGCACUUGAUGCCGGACGGCAAGCGGAUCGUCAUUGUCGGCGGGGCUAAAGUCGGCGACUUGGUACUCCUGAAGAAGCGAGGCGAUUCCGAGACCACGUACGAAUUCUUCCCGCGCACCGCGGCCGCGGACGAUGCGCUCCGGCCGCUCGCGGUGCUCGCGCGCGCGUUCCCCGCGGCGCUGUACCCGUUCCUGCACCUCAUGCCCAACGGCUACUUUUUCGUGAUGGCCAACUGGUACGCCGUACUGUACAAUUUCGACACCGGGGACGAGAUCGUCCUGCCGGACAUGCCCGGGAAGAUCACGCGCAGCUACCCGUACACCGGCACGUCGGUGUUACUGCCCAUGUCUCUCGAGAACAAUUACACGGCCGAGGUUAUGGUGUGCGGCGGGAGCUUCUUCACAACCACCAAGAAGCGCGACGCUUACGCGAGCGACACGUGCGGCCGCAUCCGUCCGCUGGACCCUAACCCGAAGUGGGUUAUGGAAACCAUGCCGGACCCGCGCAUCUCGCCCGAUCUUAUCAUCACCGCAAACGGGCAGAUCAUGAUCAUCAACGGCGGCCGGCAGGGCGUCGCGGGGCUCCAAGUCGGCGACUCGCAGAUACACAACCCGGUCUUCACGCCCGCCCUCUACCACGCGGCCGCGCCCGCGGGCGCGCGCUGGAGAAACCUCGCGCCGGAGUCGAUCGCGCGCCUCUACCACUCGCUCGCGAUCCUUGGCCCCGACAGCUGUCUCUUGGUCGGGGGUUCGUCACCCUCCGACUGCUGCGUGGGGUGUGGCCCUCAAUGUUUCGGCGUCGAAUGCACCGGGGCCGACGAUAAGUGUUUCCCCAACGAAUUCACCAUCAAUAAGUUCUGCCCGCCGUACGUUUCGAGCGUGAUCCCACAGCCGCGCAUCGCGGCCGCGCCCGCGACAAUAGGGUACGGCGCGACGUUCACGCUGACGCUGACGAUCCGGGCCAAUCUGGAGGUGCCAGCUGUCCGGACCGCCAUCAUGAACCCGGGAUUCGGCACCCACGCGCAGCACAUGGGUCAGCGCUUCGUCUGGCUGGAGGUUGAUUACGAGAGCCUCCAGUACACUGCCUCCACUGGGGGAGUCACGGUCGCAGUGAAAGGACCCCCCGGAAACACUAUCGCGCCCCCCGGCUACUAUUACCUAUUCUGCCACGACAGCAACAUCCCAUCGGAGGCGACGUGGGUGCAGCUUACGUAG